UGUUAAUUACUGAGUUGUCACUAAAUUACUCGAGAAAUAUUUUUAAAAAGCAUUACUUCAAUUAUUUAUUUUUUAACAAAUACAUAACUCAUCGAAUUUGUUGGCAAGACAAUGAAUUAUUAUUUAUUAGACGAAAAAGCUGACAUUUCUGGCAUUUUGUGAUGAAAAAUUUAGACUCUAAUAUUCGAGUAUGGGAAUAUUUAUAUUAAUUAUGUGAUAAUUAAUUUGGUGUAAGAUUUUUUUGAUGAUAACUUGUCAGCAGCCAAUAGAAUCGUCAGGAAACAGUCCGACUGAACAUAUGUGCCCACAUGUUUUCAUUUCUCUGCAUCCCGACUUAAUUAGAAUCUUCUAAUUAUGGUGAAUAAAAUUAAGACAGUGCUGAUUGAUCUCAGUGGAACUUUGCACAUUGAAAACUCUGUGAUUCCAGGGGCUGUCAAUGCUCUGAAAAAACUUCGUAGUACGGAGACAAAAAUUAAAUUUGUAACAAACACAACGAAAGAAUCGAAAUCAUGUCUCUUCGAUCGACUGCGUAAACUUGGCUUUGAUAUAAAGAAAGAUGAGAUAUUCAGUUCGCUGGCAGCAGCAAGAGACGUCAUCCAAACUCGCAGACUCAAUCCUUUUCUGAUGGUCGAUGAUGCAGCAAUGGAAGAUUUUCAAGAUCUGCAGAAUCCUGAUGAGGAGGCAACGGCAGUUGUGGUAGGAUUGGCACCAGAUAAAUUCCAUUACGAAGAAUUGAAUCAAGCAUUCAGGCUUUUAUUGCAAGGUGCUUCUCUCAUCGCCAUCCACGAAGGCCGUUAUUAUAAACGCGGGGAUGGUCUCGCUCUAGGACCAGGUGCCUUCAUCAAGGGCCUGGAAUACUCAGCUAAUAUCAAAGCAGAAGUCAUUGGAAAACCGACGAAAGGGUUCUUUGAAGCUGCAUUGGAAGGCAUUCCCCCUCAGCAUGCUAUUAUGAUAGGCGACGAUGUCAGGGACGACGUGGCCGGGGCCCAAGCUGUAGGCAUCAGAGGUUUUCUGGUGCAAACUGGAAAAUAUCGUUCUGGCGAUGAAACAUCAAUAUCUCCACCACCUACUAAAGUUAUUCCAACUUUCGUCGAGGCAGUCGAUGAAAUUCUCAGAGAAUUUUCGGAGUCAUAAUCCAUUCCCCAUUAUGUACCAUAAACUUAAUAUAAUUAAUAGAUUUCAAUUUCUUGUUGCUUAUUAUUUAUUAGACUUGUCAUUGUAUAAUGUAUAAUGUAUAUUAUACAUUAGACUUGAUUCCAUAUUUUUCUACUGUAUGCAUGGUUUCGAGACAGUAUGAUAAUUGGAAAGCUGAGAAAUAGUCCAGGGAAAUUGGGUUUGACAUACGUGGUCUUUGGAUCCAGAACGCUUUUUAUAUCGAAAUGUGUCUUCGGUCGUGGAAUUAUCGGGCAAGUAAUUCCUAAGUGAUUUACGUCUGUACAGUUCAAGAAAAAAAAUGGAAAAUUAUCCCUACAAAUGUUUUUUUUUUGCGAACAAAAAUAAUACGUAAAAAAUAAUAAAAAAUAUGAGCCAUUAUAUUUUCAUAACAAAAAGAAAACUGACACAUAAAGUAACGGUUGAACGUCUCCUGCACAAUAGGCUUGGUUAACUGCUCGUUUGUAUCUAGCGUAGCUUUUAAGUUAUUCGCGAACAUAUAUUAGACCUAAUUUACCGAUAAAUUGUUACGCCUAAAAAAUAUGCAUAAAAAAAGGGAAAUAGCUUUGAAUAAUUGAUGAUUGAGCGUUAUUACUUCGAAAAUCUGGGAAAAUUUCCCCGAUUUUCCCCGACUAGAAAACACUGUCAUUCGAAGGACUGCACAUCUGGAAAAUCUAAAAAUCGUAAAAAUAGAGACAAAUACCAGUGGAUUCAUAUUUAUUAUGUUCAGUCGAUCAAGUAUGAGGUAAUAUUCUCAACGAACAUCAUCUCAGUUUAAUUUGGCUGUUGGACAAUGUUCAGAAAGUAGUAAAUUGACAUACUCCUCACUUCCUCAUUCUUCAGAUUUAUUCUCACACUGACUUAGGCCAGAGGCGAGUAUUUACAAAAAUUAAUUUGCCUAGCCAAGAAGACAAGCACAUGAAGCCAAUCAACUUGUGCUCUGUGACAAAUAAGUAAAAGAAAAUUCGCUUGAUUGAUUGAGAGUACGUAGUGCGAUAACAUGCGGAGGGAAUGAAAAUAGAAAUUUAUUUCAUCAUCGAUCCUCACAAUUUCGGAAGACAAAUUUAAUUCGCAUCGAAGUACUAUAAAAAACUUUUCAAUUAAUUUUCUUUCUAUUUUACGACUGAGGAGACGAUUAUGAGGUCUUGAAAUUAUAGGAUAUGGAGUUUAGUUGCGAAGAGGUAAAAAAGUUGAAGUCAAUUUUCUCCGAGGGUCAUUUUCGUUUAUGCGAUAAUUAUUUUCAAAUUAAAGCCCGGAUUUAUCAUCUUUCAAACUUUACCUUCAGUUCUUUUUCUCUUUUUUUAGUCUAAGAUAUUUUGUAAUUACCAGUCGGUAUCACAUCAUUCAAAAAUCCCCAAAACUGAUGAGAAUAUCAUUUUUUCUCGUAAAAAAAAAUAAACAUUAAUAAA